UGCCUUGAUUGUUCUGUGAGCAGAUAAAAAGUACAUAUACAGUUCAUACAAUAAUCUUAUGUAUGUAAAACCCUGUUACGAUGUCGGCGACGGGGCCCAUCAGUAACUAUUACGUGGACUCGCUCAUCUCUCACGACAAUGAAGACCUCCUAGCGUCCAGGUUUCCGGCCACGGGGGCUCACCCCGCCGCCGCCAGACCCAGCGGUUUGGUGCCGGACUGUAGCGAUUUUCCGUCCUGUAGCUUCGCGCCCAAGCCGGCCGUGUUCAGCACGUCGUGGGCGCCCGUGCCCUCGCAGUCGUCCGUGGUCUACCACCCGUACGGCCCCCAGCCCCACCUCGGCGCCGACACGCGCUACAUGCGGACUUGGCUCGAGCCGCUGUCCGGCGCCGUCUCCUUCCCCAGCUUCCCAGCCGGGGGUCGUCACUACGCCCUCAAGCCGGACGCCUACCCCGGGCGCCGCGCCGACUGCGGCCCGGGCGACGGCCGCAGCUACCCGGACUACAUGUACGGCUCGCCCGGGGAACUGCGCGACCGCGCCCCGCAGACCCUGCCCUCGCCCGAGGCGGACGCCCUCGCCGGCAGCAAGCACAAAGAGGAGAAGGCCGACCUGGACCCCAGCAACCCCGUGGCCAACUGGAUUCACGCCCGCUCCACAAGGAAGAAGCGCUGCCCCUACACCAAGUAUCAGACGCUGGAACUGGAGAAGGAGUUUCUCUUCAAUAUGUAUUUAACCAGGGACCGUCGGUACGAGGUGGCCCGGGUUCUCAACCUCACCGAGCGGCAGGUCAAAAUCUGGUUUCAGAACCGGAGGAUGAAGAUGAAAAAGAUGAAUAAAGAAAAAACCGACAAGGAGCAAUCCUAAACCCUGCCCCAGCCUGCUGCCUCGGCACAGCCAAGGGAAAAACAAAAAACCCACAAAAAUACCCCAACCCAGGCGGGAGACAGCACGAAAAAGAAAAGGAAAGAGCAAGAUAGAGAAAAGCCAAUCGGCUUAAAAAGAAAAAAAAAGGGAAGGGGAGAAGGAAAACUCUUGCGAUUUGGGAGGGUUCAGUGUUGAGAAAUUGGUGUUUUAGUUAGUUCUACCCAGCAAGGAGGAGGAGGCCCGGGAGAGAAACCGCGUUCUCUUCUCCCAGCGCAACUGAAAUAAAUGACACACACAAAUGUGAUUUUUUUUCUCCUUUCUUCAGAGAAGCCAGUACUUGAAUCGCUAUAUUUCUAUUUUUUUCUCCUGUGUCGUAUUUGGUCCGGGGCAUCCUUCCCCAGGCGUGGGGUGCUCUGCGUGCAGAUUUUGUACAAAAAAAAAGACACACACACAUACACAAGAAUGCUUCCCAGCCCAGGAGCUGAGGGGCGAGGGCCGGGGACCAUGCCGCAGGCUGGGUCCGGCGGCUCAGGCCAGUGCCUCUGGCAUGUACAUAGCAGUGUCUCUUCAUCCCCAGAGUCCGUCCUGUAACGUGCUUCUGUUUGUUAUGGUAGAACAGCUCUGUGUUAAUAUAUCGAAGUCACUUAAAAAACCAGAAACUCAACCGUAUCCAGUUCUCGUUAUUUCUCCUCCCUGUGGCUCCCAGGCUUCUGGUGUGGAAGAA